UACACAUUUCAUACGCAGACAAAGUGUGAAAAAGCUUCUUGAUUUGAGAGAGAGAGAGAGAGAGAUAUGGGGGUGGAACCAUCGGGAGAAUGGUUGGAGAAGGCGUUGACGGAACUCUGCAAGAAGGUGGAGACGGGGAUCGGAUUGGAUGGGGAAAUCAUAUCAGGCCUCGUUUCCUACUGCGAGAUGGCGCCUCCACUAGAUGCGAAAGAAUACCUCGAUAAUAUCAUUGGUGAGGAAGCUGGAAAAAGUGUAACUGAAGAGUACUUAAAACGGAGAGGUCAUGUAAAUGUUUACAACACCAGCACAGGUACUCCAACUUCUGAUUUGCAUGCCUAUGUUAAACCACGUUCAGAUGAAGGUCCACUCACCACAGCUAAGAAACCACAAAGAGCACCAAAACAGGCUAUGCCUUCCUCAAGUCAGGAAAAUCGAAGUAAAAAUGAAAAGGCAGAGCCCAAAAGUACGCAUACCACAAAUCAAAGUAACUCCAAGAAGAAAAAAUCAGGAAAAGUUGUUACUCUUGCUGAGGCUGCAAAAGGAUCAAUUGUAUUUCAAAAGGGGAAGCCAUGCUCAUGCCAAGCCCGUCGACACAGGUUGGUGAGCAACUGUUUAUCUUGUGGGAAGAUAGUCUGUGAGCAGGAAGGUGAGGGGCCUUGCAACUUUUGUGGUGCCCUUGUGCUGAAGGAAGGAAGCACAUAUGCUGGUCUGGAUGAAGGUGUUAUGCUGUUAACGGAUGCUGAGGCAGCUGCUGAAGAAUUUGCAAAAAGACUUGUUGAAUAUGAUCGUAAUUCUGCGGCCCGUACAACAGUUAUAGACGACCAAAGUGACUACUAUGAGAUUGAGGGAAAUAGCUGGCUAUCAAAUGAGGAAAAAGAACUUCUGAGAAAGAAAAGAGAGGAGUUAGAAGAAGCUGAACGGGCCAAGCGAAGUAAAGUAGUUAUGACAUUUGAUCUGCUUGGUCGCAAGGUGCUUUUGAACAAAGAUGAAGCGUCUGAAGAAAUGCAGAACAGAAUUUUACUUCGGCCACCUGACGAAAGAGAAGAAAUUCGCGUUAAACCAAACCCAAAUCUUAAAGUUCAACCAAUAUUCAUCGACCCAGGUCCCAGAAGAUCAGCCAAGGACAAAAAUUUGAACAAAAGCCUAAGCAGUGGCCUGUGCUUGGAAAUAAGUGGGAGGGUACAGCACGGCACCAAUGAAAUAGAUGUUUUGUGAUGACUCAAUACGCAAAUACUACAUUUGACGAUGUUUUCUGUCUGAAGAAAAUUAUCGAGGAAGAAUGAGCUUCGAGAAAUUUCAGCUUUGUUUACAUGCAAGAAUGUCCAUUGUUGUUCUAGUCCCGUCCAUCCCCUGCCAUGGCUGAAAAGGGAGACAAAGGAAGGAAGAAAAGUUACUGGUUUAUGAAGCAGCUGGAACUGGUGAUAAAGGUACACCAAUACCAUUUCUUUUUUGGAUUUACUUUUCUUCAGCAUGGAGGUUGAUGUUACCAAAACCUAGAAGUCGGCUGUUUUUCGGUCGAAUUGCCUUCAGGAAUUUGAAUUUUAACCUGAUGCAAUGUGAAUUGCCAACACUGGGGUUGUUGGAUAACUUGCAUCACAUCUUUGUGGUGGGUGCUUAUGGAGCAACAGGGUCAUAAAUUUGUGCACAUUUUCAUAGUGUAAGUGCGUAUGUAUGUCAAGUGAAAUAGAAGAUAUAUUUGAAAUAGAAACUUUAAUCCGAUCAACGAUGGUUCCCUUAAAUGAAGUAGCAAUUGAGAAUGUGGAUUCUAAUCGAGCUGAAAAAAGAAUGUUUUCUGA